CCAAGCGUAAUUAACACCCCCCCCCCAUUCCCUAAUUAACACCGCCCUUUAAAACAUCAACUCUACGAAACAUCCCCAUGCCGUCGAUCACCCUGCUCCCCUUCCUCCACGCGGUCCCCCCCGCCACCCGCGCACUCACCGCCGCCCUCCUCCUCCCCACCGCCGCCGCCCUCCUCCUCACCCACCUCGGCACCCCCCCCGCCGCCCUCCCCUGGCUCCUCCUCGUCCCCGCACACAGCUGGAAGUAUCCCUGGGUCCUCCUCACCGCCGCCUUUGUCGAGCUCGGCCUCAUCAACGCACUCGUCUCCGCCGUCGCCCUCCCCCUCGCCUGCAGGUACCUCGAGCGCGUAUGGGGCGCACGCGAGCUCCUCCGCUUCUGCUGCAUCACCGUCGUCGGCUCCAACCUCAUCGCCUUUGGCUUCAGCUGGAUCGUCUGGCUCCUCUUUGGAUCCGAAGACGCAUUGUAUGGCCUGCCGUACCACGGCAUGACCGGGCUCCAGGUCGGCUUCCUCGUCGCGUUCACCCAGCUUAUCCCGGAGCAUCAAGUGCAGCUCCUGGGCAAGAUUAAGCUUCGUGUCAAGUCCCUCCCCGGCAUCCACCUCCUCAUCUCCAACGUCCUCGUCAUCCUCCUCGGCCCCUCCCCCUUUAUGCUCAUCCAAUUCGGAUUCUUCGUCGCCUGGGUCUACCUCCGUUUCUUCAAACCCUCUCCCGACGGCGGUCUCUUCAGAGGCGAUAGGAGCGAGACCUUUGCAUUCCAAUACUGGUUCCCCCCUGUUGUCAGGCCAUACAUCUCGGUCGUCGCAAACCACGUGUACACCCUCGCCACCCGCAUCCACCUCGUCCAAGCAUGGGACGCCCCAGCCGGCGAAUACAGUCUUCUCCCCGGUCCCGGGUCCGCCGCCUCUGCCUCGGGUAUGGGAAGUGGCGUCGGUGGGCUGGGAGGGGGAGCGAGGGCGGAAGCGGAGCGAAGAAGGGCAUUAGCGCUCAAAGCGCUUGAUGCAAGGCUCGCUUCUACCCCUUCCCCUGCUCCCGCGCCUGCUCCCGUCCCCGCCGCCGUCCCCGCCGAAAAUGCAAGCGGACUCGGAGCAGGGAGUGCAGCUGCAAAAGAUAUUCCCGCUCCCCCCGCUGCUUCAGUUGAACCUACCCCCGCUCCCGCCGCCAACCCCUCACCCUCAACCGCCAACCCCUCAACCGCAACCGCAACCUCACCAUCCAAACCCACGACGACAAUCGCCCCCACGCUUGAAUCUGCACCUCUAGCUUCAACGCAACCCACCCAGCCACAGCCACAGCAGGGGCAGCCGCAGGGGCAGGGGAAGAAGGGAAAAGGAAAAGGAAAGGGUAAAAAGCCAUCGUCAUCGUCACCGCCACCAUCUGCUUCCCAAGCUCAGGCUGAAGUCGAGGCUGAAGAGAAGGAAAAGGGAGAGUAAUCGAGUUGGGAUGAGUGGGCGCGAGGAUGGGCGCUGACCAAAACAAAAAAAAAAAAGUCGAAAAAUGAAAAAAAGGAAAAAUGGAUAACCUUGGUGGUGAGAUGAUAGAGAAUGCUUUUUUAGAGUCUGAUUUAUUCAAUCUUUCGCUUUGAGAUUUUGAGCUUUGAAGGAUUGUUUUGUUUUUUUUUGGAAAAACAUGUGGAAAGUAGGCGCGAAAAUAGAGAUACCCCCGAAGAAUGUAUCAAAGAAAAGCAAUGAAACUCAAAGCGAUC